AUGAAAAAGUUCGUAGCGCUGGACAACCAGUGGAAAAUGGCUUCGCUGUGGUUGGUCAUUCUAGCAACGGCUUUAUUGAGCAUUGGCCAUGCCUCUGCAACCUGUUCUUUUCAUCAUACAUCGUUCCCGAGUGUACAACCACUUAUCCUCGCUGACAAUAAAUUCACGGACGUGCGCAGAAUCAUAAAACCAGAUUCUUCUUCCCAAAUAACGGUGGCACAGGGAGAAUAUAUCACUCUCGUUUGCCCUGGUCCCUACAAUUAUUUGUCAGGCGGCAACGUAUUUCCUCAGCAACUUCUCAGAGCACUAUGUGUUUCUGGAUCGAGCUUCUCCGCUGAUGGACGCACGAUCGACGUUAAUCAGGUGGCGUGUUACGCUCAACCAACAACAGAUGUGAUUGUCAACGGGCAAGGAACGUGUGGAUUAAACACAAAUAUCAUCCAAAGUGCGAGAGAAAAAAAGGAUUACUUACUACCAAGCCAGAUAGAAUCGUUUACACUGCAACUGGGCGCUGAAAGUGCGGAGAAAUAUAUUAAUUCCACGCAUUAUUUGGAGGCAAAGCAGCUAGUACCUGGAGCAGACUUUGUGUUCAGUCCAAUGCAGUUGUCUACAUUUUUCUAUUUCAAUACGGUCCCGCUUUGGAAUGACUUCAUCUCUGUAUUCUGGAGUCCCCUGGAAUCAUCUAUUAGACAGCUGACCUACUCUCAAGGAGAGCUCGAAAUCUACACGGGAAUAGUAGGUGUUGCCACGCUGCCAGACAGCAAUGGGCGCCAGGGGAGCGUGUGCGCAGAGGACGUGUGCGCGCAGCUGCGCUGGCUGCCGUGGCGCCACGUGCCCGCCGAGGAGCGCCCGUUCAUCACGUGCUGCCGGGCUGACGACCCCGUCCUGCUCCGCCACCUGCCCGUCGCCUUCGCAAGAGGCCUUGCGCCCUCCACC